UGCGGGUGUGGCGUCCUCUUAAUAAUAAACGGUAACGAAACGUCCGUGGGCUCAUUUUUUUUACUGGGACGAAACGUACACGAUUCCUUUUUGCCGCCCGAAAACGGAACAAUAAUAACUUGAUUAAUGCCUCGUACCACCGCCUCCUUAUUAGCGGUCGAUUAUAUAAUAAUUGGGCCUUCGGUAAUGCAACGCAAUACGACGUAUUGCUAUCGAAAUGAUAAAACAUGUUGUAAAAUGCAUCGUAUUUUCAAGCAUUCUGAAAUUCAGCACAUCGAAUGCCUUGAUGUAUCGGAACACCGUAGGUUUCAAUCAUAACCAUGGUCUAACCCGAUCUGAUGGAUUAUAUGCGCUUAAAAAUCACUGAUAAGGCCCGUUAUCACUAACGAAUAAAUUAAUAGGUGUUCAGAACACCGUGUUCUGGAAAUAAAGUGAUUUUUACCGAUUUCAUGACGUAGCGUACUGUAUUUCCAUCAAGAAUCGCAGCGUUGCAUUACCGAAGGCGCAAUAAUAAAUAUUGAUAUCCGCGUAUAAUCGCAUAUUAUAAUUUGUAACGUUGUGUUCAUUAGCCAGUCAAACGAAAUACGCCGAUACGUUGAGUCGUCGCGAGCAGUGCGAUUUUUUUUUGUCAAAUUAUUAUCGUAGGCGCGAAUCGCCGUUGUUUUAUUAUUAAUUUAAUAAUUAUUAUUGAUGGGCGCGAAUUGCUACCAUUACUGUUUUUUUUUUUAUUAUCGUAGGUAAUUGUGGCACACGAAAAUCGUCGUGCGUUACUGUGAUCACUAUAAUCCACCUCUAAUAGCCAGAUUAUAGCAUUCUCUGUAUUUCGCCGCCAUAAAAGGCGUAAGGAGUUGACUUGCUGGCCAGUCUGCGCUCCUUAAUUUAUACUAGAAGUUGUUAAGGGUGACAAAUUACUUUCCUCAUCAUCAGAAGAAGUAGUUAAUUGAUGAACUUGCAGUUCCAUCUGAAGAAAAAUGCCCAAAAAAUCAUGUUCUUGUUGUUUUGGGACUCUUAGAUUCUACCUCUUUACAACUUUUGGUAGACUUUAUUUAUUCUGAGAAAAUCACGGUCACCGAAAAUAAUUUACAUGUAAUUAUAGGUAAAUUAUGAUCAAGAUUAUGAUUUUGUCUUAUAGUUGUAAACAAUUAUCAAAAAGUUCAGAAUUGUAUAUUUAUCAACUAUUAGAAGAAGUUGUGGCUGACAAAUUCCUAACCUUAUCAUCUGAACAGGUCGUUAAGUUGGUCUCCAGUUAUGAGCUUACUGUUCCAUCUGAAGAAAAAGAGUUGUUGCAAUCUGGUUUAUUGUAUGUCGUCAUUGGAAGUAAUGAAAUAUGUCGUGGUUUGAUGUCUGUAGAAUUUUACAGUCCCCACACCAAUACCUAGAAACGUCAAUGAAUGUAUGAAAACAUCUUCCAAGAAUAGAAGUCAUUGAUGGGCCAACUCAUUUUUCAAAUUUGUUAUUGUACAUGAUUUUUUUUUCUGUAAUUAUAAC